CCCGGCGGAGGCCACAGCGCGGCGCUGGCCGGCGGCUGCGGGAUGGCAGCGCAGAGGCUGGGCAAGCGGGUGCUGAGCAAGCUGCAGUCCCCAUCGCGGGCCCGCGGGCCGGGGGGCAGCCCCGGGGGGCUGCAGAAACGGCACGCACGUGUCACCGUCAAGUACGAUCGGCGGGAGCUGCAGCGGCGGCUGGACGUGGAGAAGUGGAUCGACGGGCGCUUGGAGGAGAUGUACCGCGGCAGGGAGGCAGAUAUGCCCGAUGAGGUCAAUAUUGAUGAAUUAUUGGAACUGGAGAGUGAAGAGGAGAGAAGCCGGAAAAUCCAGGGACUCCUGAAGUCAUGCAGGAACCCCACAGAGGACUUCGUCCAGGAGUUGCUGGCCAAGUUGCGGGGCCUCCACAAACAGCCCGGCCUCCGCCAGCCCAGCCCCUCCGACGAGGGCAGUCUGAGCCCCCUCCAGGACCAGACCCGGACGGCACCCCCCUGACCCUCCUGGCCUCGCUGACCCCGCGCUCCCCCCAGCACUGCCCAGCUCCCCAGCUUGUGGAUAAGUUGUAUUUAAUGGUUCUGUGACAAUAACACCACGUGCCUGUUUUUCCUCUC